UUGCAUUUACUAACUUUAAACCCAACACACUUCUAGCGUGAAAUGUGUGCUGUCCAACCUAACAAGUAGAUGGCGUCUUUCCACAACAACAUCUCCAGCAGGACCAUCAUCAUCAUCAUCCUCCUCAUAUCCAGGCAGCAGAAGACAGCUGAGUCACAUCUCCACGCGCUCUCAUCGCGGACGCUCACUACACGGAUCUCGCGUACGGACACGAUGAUCACGGUCACGCUGAAAACCCUGCAGCAGCAGACGUUUAAAGUGCAGAUAGACGAGGAGCUGACGGUUAAGGCUCUUAAAGAGAAGAUAGAGGAAGAAAAGGGGAAAGAUUCAUUUCCAGCUGCUGGUCAGAAACUAAUAUAUGCAGGUAAAAUAUUAAAUGAUGAUAUACCUCUAAAAGAAUACAAAAUAGAUGAGAAGAACUUUGUGGUGGUGAUGGCUUCAAAGCCUAAACCGGCAUCACCUCCACAAGCUCCUCCUGCGCCCCCGGUUGCAGUUAGCAUCCCUCUCCCAGAACUCCCCGUUCUUCUGCCAUCACCUCCCGUAGCUCCACCUGCAGCCUCCGCAGUGCCUGUAUCCACUCCUGCUCCUGAUCCUGUAGAACCAGCUGCAUCAGUUGAGCCGCCUGCUCCGGUCGUCGCAUCGCCCCCUGUGGUCCCAGAUGUCGGUGCAGAGUCAUCUGAGCCGGCCGGUGUGACUCCGGCUCCGGUAUCUGAGGAAGCCAACCAGGCAGCCCAAGAUGAACUGGCCAUCGCCCAGUCAGUGGCCAGUAUUACAGAUGAAUUGGGUUUGCUAGAAGCAGCUGCUUCAAUUCUAGUUACAGGACAAGCGUAUGAGAAUUUGGUGACAGAGAUCAUGUCGAUGGGUUAUGAGAGAGAACAGGUGAUCGCUGCCUUACAAGCCAGUUACAACAAUCCAGACCGGGCAGUUGAAUAUCUGCUUAUGGGUAUACCGAUAGUAUCUGAGCAGCCACCCCAAGAAAUGGUGCGACCCGCCCCUGUCUCUAACCCCACCCCUGUCUCUAACCCCGCCCCUGUGUCUAACCCCACCCCUCCAGCACCACAGCGACCUCAGCCGCCACCUGCUGCAGCCGGUGCAGAACCCAGAUCUGCCCCGGCAUCCGGAAACCCCCUGGAGUUCCUCAGGAACCAGCCGCAGUUCCAGCAGAUGCGACAGAUCAUCCAGGAUAACCCUGCCCUCCUACCUGCCCUGCUGCAGCAGUUGGGUCGAGACAACCCGCAACUCCUGCAGCAAAUUACGCAGCACCAGGAGCGGUUCGUGCAAAUGCUGAACGAACCGCAUGCCGAGGAGGGAGCUGCAGAAGCUCAAAGCGUGCCACAGACGAACUACAUCCAGGUCACGCCGCAGGAGAAGGAAGCGAUCGAGAGGUUAAAAGCCCUGGGAUUUCCGGAGGGACUCGUCAUUCAAGCCUAUUUCGCCUGUGAGAAAAACGAAAACCUCGCCGCGAACUUCCUGCUCCAACAGAACUUUGACGACGAAUGAACGCUGCUACUUGACGCGACGACACUUGGAGAGCGCAAGCGUUUCGGCCGCAUGCUGCGUGUGUGUGCGCGUGAAUGUGUGUUAAGUAUAGAAAGCUGACUGGUCUUCUGUGAUGAUAAUCAUGGAGUCGCAAACAAAGCCAUGACGUGAAGUUAUGAGAGCAAGCACAGCUUUUUUGUUUUGAUAGAUCAUCCUCAGUAGCAAGGCAUCUGCUACUGUUGUGUAUCGAGUGAGUUUUUCACAUGUCAAAGUUAAAAGCCUGCCAAAAGUCCCCUUGUGGGGAAAAUCAGGUUUUUAUUGUUGUUUAUAUGUCUAUGUAUUGUUUUUAAUAUGCUUUAAGCCAUGUGCUAAUUCAUUAUUCAAAACCAUUGCUAGUAUUAUCUUCUAAAAAUUGGAGACAGUGCCAUUGGUCUCCACGUCCCAAACAUGUAACCAAUCAUAUCAACACACUUAAACGAGUGGAUAAGUAGUUAAAGUUAUAGAUAUUAUGUAUGGAUGCUGCUUCUGUGAUGCUCACACCUGUUAGCAUCAGCGCUAAAAUAUUAGUUCUCAUUGCGUGAAACCAAAUUUAGCAGUUUUGCGUCUGAAAUUGCCGAAUGCAGCAUCUAUUUACAUAUAUAUCUAUGGUCUGAGGUGGUGCGAUUGAGUACUAAUUUGCAUAUUCAAAGAUCCACAUAUACAAAUUAAGGCAAGGGUUUAGACUUACAUUCAAGAUGUUUUAAAAAUACUGACAGGUAAAACUUUUAUACCUGUUAGCAUUAGCGCUGCAAAUGCUCAGUUCACGUAUGCAUUGUGUGAAACCGAACUUAGCGGUUACGUGACUGAAAUUGACGAAUGUAGCAUCUAUUUACAUAUAUAUCUAUGGUCUGAGGUGGUGCAAUUAAGUACUAAUUUGCAUAAUCAUAGAUCCACGUAUACAAAUUAAGGCAAGGGUGUAGAGUUACAUUCAAGCUGUUUUAAAACAUGAACAAAUUACUGACAGGUAAAACUUUUAUAUAAGAUAUUAUAAUAGAUGAGUUUUAACUGAUAAAAUUAUUGACGACAGGGUGAUCACCCAUUUCUUACCUUUAUCUCAAACUUUAAGCCAUGUGCUAAUUCAUCAUUCAAAACCAUUCCUAGUAUUAUCUUCUAAAAAUUGGAGACAGUCCUGUUGGUCUUCACGUCAUAAACAUGUAACCAAUCAUAUCAACACACUUAAACGAUGGAUAAGUAGUUAAAGUUAUAGAUAUAAUGUAUGGAUGCUGCUUCUGUCUGUGAUGCUCACACGUUAGCAUCAGCAAUAAAAUAUUAGUGCUGCAAAUGCGCAGUUCACGCAUGCAUUGCGUGAAACCGAAUUUAGCAGUUACGUGUCUGAAAUUGCCGAAUGUAGCAUCUAUUUACAUAUAUAUCUAUGGUCUGAGGUGUUGCGAUUAAGUACUAAUUUGCAUAUUCAUAGAUCCACGUAUACAAAUUAAGGCAAGGGUGUAGACUUACAUUCAAGCUGUUUUAAAACCUAAAGAAAAUACUAAGGUAGAAUUUUUAUAAAUGAUAUUAUAAUGCUCAAAGAUGAGUUUUAACCAUUUUAACUAAAUUAUUGACUACAGGGGGUGAUCACCCAUUUCUCACCUUUAUAUCAAACUCAAGUUAUGGGUUUUUAGCUUUUUAUGAGAACAUUAUGAGAGUCAUAGUAGACAGCAUAUUUAAUUUGUCAUCAAUAAAACUAAAAUAAAGGCCUUGGGGAAUAGGUGUUCAGUCUGUUCAAUGUGUCUGUACUAUAUUUAUGUUUUUUUAUAAUUUAACCACACUAAGGUACACAACAGUACAACCCAUUGAGCAAACUGUACAUCUGUUUAUAAAGGCCUUCAAUAAAUGCCACGUUCUUUACACAAGUGGCCAUUAUGUUUCAGUUUCUAACAUUCAUGCAUGACACAAAACUAACAUCUGUUCUUUUGCAAGCUACCUUCCACCCCAAGUUAUAUUAAAUAACAAUAAAAAUAAACUAGAUGUUCUGCCCGGCAUGGUCAGGCUGGUAUUCAUAAAUAACCCAUGUAGUGAAGAGUUGAUGCAAAACAGUAUUUAAAGUGUGACAAUCCUACAUUUUAUUUCCAAAUUUAUUUAAAUUGUUGUUUCACUUUUGUUAAGUUCUUGUUCCCACUAAGAGAGUGACGUUGUGGAGCAUAAACCAGUUCAGUAUGCAGUAGUAACUGAAUGAUUAAUGAUUAUGAAUGGAGCCCAAAAUGCUGCAAUAACCGUAGAGUGUUUCAGUCUUGAAAACCUCAUGAAAUAUGCAUCUGAUUUGAAUAUAUUUACAUAUUCGAGAAGACAGACACUCUUGGCUUUUAUUUUGCUCAAGAUUAAGUGCCAAACUCAGUUGCAGGAGCAGGAAAAUGGACAAAAACAAGAGUUUGUUUUAGACAUCAUAGUGUGCAAUCCUUAAAAUAUACACAGAAUAGUCUGCAUAUAUUUUUUAUAUAACUGAUUAAUCCUGGUUAUGCUGGUUUUAAGUUUAGGAGGUUCACCGAAGAACACAAAGCAAGUUGGCGUCCUGUUUACAGUCUUUUCAUUUCAGCAUUUUAUACGAUCAUCUCAUCUGUUGGGAUUUGAUGUGUGAAAUUAAAAUGAAUGAGUUUGGUCUUAAAAUGCAUUAAACGGUUUGCUGGAUUAUGAAUGUAUCGUUUCAGUGGCGUGUGAAAUAAAUCGCUUUUAAAAAGCUGA